AUGGCUCUGCUGGUCCACUUGCUGUCCUGUUCCUUUGGACUGGGCUCCUGGGUGGCUGUCAAUGGCCUGUGGGUGGAGCUGCCACUCAUCGUAAACCAGCUGCCCGAGGGUUGGGACCUGCCCUCCUACCUCACGGUCAUCAUCCAGCUGGCCAACCUGGGCCCCCUGCUUGCCACACUCAUGCAGAAGCUCUGCCCCGGCCGGCUGAAGGAGCGUGCUGUCAUCUACACCAUCCUGGUCACAGGGGUGGUGGCCUGCUUCCUACUGGCUGCCUUCUGGGCUGAGACCACGGUGGUGGGAGGUGCUCUGCACAGCACUGCCUUCCUUAUCAUCACCUUCUUCCUAUCCCUUGUGGACUGCACGUCGUCCGUAACCUUCCUGCCUUUCAUGAUGCAGCUGCCACCCAAGUACAUUACGACAUACUUCAUUGGUGAGGGUCUCAGUGGCUUUGUGCCUGGCCUGGUAGCGCUGGGGCAGGGAGUGGGUGUUACCAAAUGUGCCAAUGUCACCCAGCCCUCUGACAAUGAAACCCACAUGGAGACCCAAUACUUGCCUCCCCACUUCUCCCCAGAGGUUUUCUUCUUCUUCCUGGCUGUCAUGAUGGUGGUCAGCCUGACCGCCUUCACCCUUCUCACCAGGGUACCACGCACAUUUCAGUUGUCCACGGAGGACCUCGCGUGCGAUCCGGUGGCCUCGGUCUCCUCCGGCUUGGACAACCUUGCCACUGAGCACCCCGAGAAGCACAAAUCUCAUUCUGAGUGGACUCGAUCCAGGUCACUCCUGGCUAAGCCCAGAUACUCCGGGUACCAGUUUGGCUUCAUUUACUUCCUGGUGGUGUGGGUGAACGGGCUCACCAAUGGCCUGCUGCCUUCAGUGCAGACAUACUCCUGCAUGCCCUACGGAGAUGUUGCAUACCACCUCUCCGCUGCCCUCUCCUCCAUGGCCAACCCUGUGGCUUGUGUUAUCGCCAUGUUUCUCCCCAAAAGAUCACUGGUGUCCCUGGGGCUGCUGUGCCUGGGAGGGACCGCCUUCGGUGCCUACAACAUGGCCAUGGCCGCCCUGAGCCCCUGCCCCCUGCUCCAGGGCACUGUUGCAGGCCAGACCCUCAUCGUACUGUCGUGGGUCUUCUUCGUUGGUGCUCUCUCCUACGUGAAGGUCAUGGUCGGAGUCAUCCUGCGGGACGAGGGCCACAGCGCCCUCGUGUGGUGCGGAGCAGCGGUGCAGCUGGGCUCCAUGGCCGGGGCGCUCACCAUGUUCCCGCUGGUCAACGUGUAUCAGCUCUUCCAGGCUGGCGACACCUGCAGCACCAGGUGCCCGUUGUGA